UUCAUUCUUACGACAUAAAGCUAUAUACAACUUUAAAAUAUGAAUUUUUUAAUUUGUUUCCUUUCACUUACAGUAACUGUGACCUAUGCAUUAGACAAACCAUACUACUAUUUAAAAGAUGCUCCUGCGUUAUUUGAAAAAUUUAUUAAAGACUAUGAUAGACAUUAUAAAAAUGAAGCUGAUAGGCAGGUGCACUACGAAGCAUUUGUUAAAAGUUUGAAAGAAAUCAAUAGAGCUAACGCGGAACAUCCAGGCACUGUUUUUGAUAUUAAUCUAUUUGCUGAUUAUACAGAAGAAGAAAAUGAGCAUCAUCUUGGCUUCGUUGAAGAUAAACAGAGAAAAAAAGUGGAUUUGUAUGAUUUUUUGCAUAAUUUGCAGAAUUAAAUAAAUUUCAAGAAAUGAAAACAAUUUAAAAUCUUUUCUCUUCGUCCAGAUAAAUCCUCUAAGAGUAAUGGCUAAACGUGAUAAUUAACUAAUAAACUAUGAUAUGGGUCAUGUACAGAUAUUUAAAUUAAAAAAUAAAUUUCAAUUUGUUGUCAUAGGUUAAAUUUAAAUUGUAAAUUGCCAUUGUCAUUAAAUUACUUAAGUACCUAAAAUAAAUGGUGGUUACACAAUUAGAAGUAGAAGCCUGUUUUUAUUUUUAAAGCAAAUAGGUCCUGAUAUUCGAUAUAAGAAACCUUAAAAUCAGACAAGAAUGUUGCGUCAGGAUGAUUUUCAUAAAGAUUAUAUAAUAAUUCUGGUACUUAAAAUAGACGAUGAGACUAUAAUAUUUAAAAAAAUAGGAGAAUCGUGUCUUACUAUCUUUUAAGAACCGUAAACAGUGGAAUCGCUUUUUUAAAACGAGAAGCCACAUAACAGUAUUUACAAAAUUACCAAGGAUUAUAACAGACUCUUUAAGGACGAAGCGGAUAGAGACGACCAUUUUCAGUCAUUCAUAAAUAUACAUAAUGGAUAGAAAAUUGUUGCAAAAGUAACCGAAACGUCGGGAGUAUGUCGUUUUUAUAAAAAAUAUAAAAUACGAGUAGUAUUCCGAAAA